AUGUGGGGUGCAGACGGCGGCUCGGGCUCAGCCUCUCCGUUCCCCGGUGACAAUGGAGAGUGGACCGAGAUGGAGGCCUUUUGGACCCAAGUCGUGUCUGAUCUGGUGGAAACUGACAUGCUGGAUGGCCUCAUCAUUGAUCUCUGGAAUGAGCCUGACGGGUCAGGUUUCUGGCCCCGCAGCUGGGACCAAUUCCUCGAGUACUGGAACCGUGCCACUGUGCUUGUGAGAGCAGGACUACGCGGAACCCUGAUCAGUGGCCCAGCCAUGGCCAAUGCGCCUGGCCUCCAGAAUGAAAACUGGCUCACCUGGCUGCCAUCCAUUGUCGGUAACAACACCGUGCCUGAUCACUACUCCUGGCAUCAGAUCGGCUCGUGGGAGCCGUGUCCAGACUUGAAUGUGCCCGAUUUCAACACACUGCUCGCUCAACUUGGUGCGCCGACGAGGCCGAUCGACAACAACGAAUAUGCCUGGCCAUCGGAGCAGAACCCAGCAAAUGCAGCCUGGAACCUAUCCCAGAUGGAGCGACAUGACAUCCGUGCUUUACGCGCCAACUGGGUAGCGGCUCUGAUCUUCAUAAUUGGAUGGCUAAUCUUGUAUACAGCAACAACGGUACAUAGGUACUAUCCCAACGGCGAGUGGCAAGUAUACCACUACUAUGCUGGGAUGAGUGGCGAGAGGCUCGUGACUACGGCCUCUUCCGACACCCAGUUCGAUGCGUUUGCUAUCCGUCAGAAUAACGACAUCAAGAUCUUGGCUGGUACCAGGACGAUCCAGGCGCCACAUGAUAUCAGGGUCACCAACCUCAGCCAGAUAGGUCUCGAGGAAAAUGGAAGCAUCAAUGUCCAUGUUUACCGGCUCGAUUGGAAUGGUCCAGAAGGAGAGGUUGACGGCCGUGUUGAUCUCGGUACGACCAAUUACUCCUAUACCGCGAAUGAGCUCAUCAUCACGCUGGAUCCGCCGACGAACUCGACUGCCUACGCUUACGAAUUCUCUGGAACUAGCUACCUAGUUCAGGAAGAAGUCCCGUCUCGAAAGACCCAUCAUAUCGCUAAUAUUGGCCUCACUAUCUCCGCAUCAUACAAGGACGGAGAAUCCCAGGACGCGGGCUCCGCCAAAACUCCGGUGGGGGUGGGGGUUGACACAGGGAACUGGGAUGAGUUUCGGGGAGCCUUGAUGAGGGGCAGUCAUCCAGAGGAAAUCUUUGCCUCUGAAGGAGUUGCUCCGGUGGUGUGGAGAGAUGGAUGCAGCCACUAUAGCCGCCAUGCUGAUAUUCCCGCCGGAUGUGUUAUCCAUUCACUUUACCGGAGAUUCCAAAGACACCAAAGGCCCAAGGGAGAAGGGGAAGAGACAACUCACCAGUUCACAAUGUUAUUCUCCCAGGAAAAUCGCUUGGUAUAUACUUAUGAUGCCGAAACUCUUUGGAUCGAGCCAUGGGGUGAAAACUCCCUGAGAAUUCGCGCAACCAAGCUGCCGUCCAUGUCGGAGCAGAGCUGGGCACUCCAAUCGCCUGCAUUAUCAAAAUCCAGCAUUGAGAUUACCGAAAGCGCCGGCACCAUUGUCAAUGGCAAAAUCAAGGCCAUUGUAACCAAGGCGGGGAAAAUCACAGUGUGGAAUUCCAAGGGAGAAUUACUGCUCGAAGAAUAUACUCGGAACCGCAAGGACGUGCUCGAUGCCAAGUGCAGUGCGAUUGAGAUUGAGGCUCGUGACUUCAAAGGCAUCCUCGGCACGGACAGCUUUCACCUCACAAUGCGCUUCGAGAGUGUUGACCCCGACGAAAAGAUCUAUGGCAUGGGCCAAUAUCAACAGCCAUUUUUUGACCUAAAGGGCCACGACCUUGAACUCGCUCACCGCAACUCCCAAGCAAGCGUGCCGUUUGCGCUCUCAUCUCUUGGCUACGGCCUCCUCUGGAACAAUCCCGGUGUGGGACGUGCCGUCCUCGGCCGCAACAUUAUGACUUUUGAGGCGUACUCUACCACGACAUUGGACUAUUGGGUGGUGGCAGGUGACAGCCCGGCAGAGAUCGAAGAGGCCUACGCCAAUGCGACCGGCAAGGUUCCCAUGAUGCCAGAGUAUGGACUUGGGUUCUGGCAAUGCAAGCUGCGCUACCAGACGCAGGAAGAGCUCCUUGCAGUUGCUCGAGAGUACAAGCGAAGAAGACUGCCUCUGGAUCUUAUUGUGAUUGACUUCUUCCAUUGGCCGAUGCAGGGCGAGUGGAAGUUUGAUCCCACGUACUGGCCGGAUCCAGACGCGAUGAUCCGGGAACUUGAAGAGAUGAAGGUUGAGCUGAUGGUUUCCAUCUGGCCGACCGUGGACAAGCGCUCGGAGAAUUUCCAAGAAAUGGUCGAAGGGGGCUAUCUCAUUCGUACGGACCGUGGCAUCCGCAUCGGCAUGGACUUUCAGGGUGACACCAUCCACUUUGAUGCGACGAACCCAAAGGCAAGAGAGUACGUUUGGGAUAAAGUAAAGAAGAACUAUUACAGCAAAGGGAUCAAGGUGUUUUGGUUGGAUGAGGCGGAGCCCGAGUACUCGGCUUACGAUUUCGACAACUUCAGGUACCAUCUUGGCUCUAACCUCAGCAUUGGCAACAUCUACCCCGUUUCAUAUUCGCGAGGCUUUUACGAAGGCCUCAGGAAAGAAGGCCAUGAACAGAUUGUCAACCUGGUCCGCUGUGCAUGGGCCGGCAGCCAGAAAUACGGCGCCCUAGUCUGGAGCGGCGAUAUCGCGUCCUCGUGGUCGAGCUUCAGCAACCAGCUCGCAGCAGGGCUUCACAUGGGCAUCGCGGGAAUCCCAUGGUGGACCACGGACAUUGGCGGCUUCCACGGGGGUGACCCCAAGGACCCGGCUUUCCGGGAGCUGUUUGUUCGCUGGUUUCAAUGGGGUGCUUUUUGCCCCGUCUUUCGACUUCACGGUGAUCGAGAGCCGCAUCAGCCCCAGCACGGCACGACUGGCGGAGCGACGUGUCUGAGUGGCGCUGAUAACGAGGUGUGGUCUUAUGGUGAAGAGAUUUACGGCAUUUGCGAAAAGUACAUGGCUCUUCGCGAAACGAUGAGGCCAUACACAAGAAGGCUCAUGGAGGCGGCUCAUGAAAAGGGUAGUCCCGUGAUGAGGACUCUGUUUUACGAGUUUCCAGAGGAUAAAAAGUGUUGGGAAGUCGGUAAGCAGUACAUGUUUGGCGAUAAGUACUUGUGCUGUCCGGUUCUGAAGCCUGGUGUGACGGAGAUGGAGGUGUAUUUGCCAAAGGGAGCAAAGUGGAAGAAUGCGGAUGGCGAGACAUUGACAGGAGGACAAACGGUUCAAGUGAAAUGCCCGCUGGAGUAUAUGCCGGUGUUUGAAAGGGUUUAA